UAUUAUCAUUUAUCAGCAAGUUCGAGCAUGGCCGGCGGCCGCAUGGGUUACGUUCGCGUAACGUCGACAGUGGCCAAUACUCAAUAUUGAAUAUACUUCUUUUUUCAUCGUCAUUGUACCUGUUAUAAUUAAUACCUUACUUGGUAUUUUUUAAUAUUUACUAUUCUGUUGAGACGACAAGACGUAUUUACAAUGUCGACGAUUUUACCCUCUGCUAGUAAAACGGUCUUGAUAGGUCAUCCCGAUUACCAAUCGCUCUUGGACGGAGUUCGACUCAUUAGUUUGGGAUUGACGAGAAAAGAAGACACGGUGGCGGUUGGGUUAAAAAAUUUGGAAGUUGAUAAAAAUUAUUUGUUGGGUCUACACUGUACUACGUGUCAAAUAGCGUUUGAACUUUCCGAAGAACACAAAGCACACUAUAAAUCAGACUGGCAUCGGUACAAUUUAAAGCAAAAAAUACGUAACAGACAAACAAUUGACGAGCCAAAAUUUCUUGCCCUAGAAAAUAAAGCUAAUGACAGCUCAUCCAGUUGUGAAAGUGAUGAUGAGAUCAAUGCUUACAAUUCACAUUUUUCAAUCGAUUCAAAAUUAUUUUUUGAGAAUAAUUUUGGUAAUGCUUUUUCUGUAUACAGAUGUUUAUUGACUAAUAAAAAAGAUAUUCCAAACGAAGAUAUUGUGGUUAAUUCAUUGAAAUCUAUUAGCACUAAACCAAUGUGGUUUAUUGUUAUGUUAGGUGGUGGUCGUUUUUCAGCAGCUAUAUUUAAAGGAGAGGAAGUAAUAGUUCAUAAAACUUUUCAUUCGUAUACUGUUAGAGCAAAACAAGGUGGAUCUCAAAAUACACAAGAUCGAUCAAAAGGUGGAUGUAAAAGUGCCGGUGCUAGUUUACGUAGAUAUAAUGAAGCAUCCCAAUUAAAACAUAUUCAAGAAAUAUUAUCAUCAUGGCUACACCAUAUAAAAUUAUGCAACCAUAUAUUUUAUCGAGCAAUUGGUCCAAACAAUCGAAAUAUUCUAUUUGGUGGUUCAACACCAUUAAUAAAUAAAAAUGACAGUAGACUAUGUCAAAUACCAUUUGGAACCAAAAAGGCAACUUACGCAGAAGUUCAAAAAGUUCAUAAUCAACUAUCAACAGUUUUAGUAUAUGAUUCCAAAGAUAUUAUUAAUAAUUCUAUUAAAAAUUAUGUAUUAAAGUUAUUUAAAAAAAGAAAAAAUACAGAAUCUAGAACAAAAAAAAUUGUUGAAAAACCUAUUAAAGAUAUUCAAAAUUCAAAUGAAAAAAUGUCUGAAAAUAUUCAAGUAUCUUCAACGUCAGAUUCUAGUGAAAAUGAUGAUGAAAAUAAAAUUGUAGAAUCCCCACAAAGUAAAAUAUUAAUUGAGAAUAAUGGCAGUGUAUUAUCCAAUGACUUAACAAAUAAGAAACGCAAAAAGAGGAAGAAGAAACCCAAAAAUACAAAUACAAUUAUUGUGAAAUGUGCUGAAGUUGAAGAAAUGAAAAAACUUUUAUUGCAGACAAUUGAAGAAAAAAAUUCUGAAACUUUAAGUAAAUAUCUUUCAUUAGAAGAUGAAAAUAGUUCUAUCACAAAGGAAUAUCUAGAAAAAAGUUUAAAUGAAGCUAUUGAUGAAUCAAAUAAUACUAUUCUUCAUUUAGCCUCUACUUAUUGUCUCCAUGAUCAUAUUUAUUUACUUUUACAACACGGAUCAAAUCCAAUUCAUAAAAAUAAAGAUGCCAAAACACCAUAUGAAUUAGCACCAGAUAAGUCAACUAGAAAAGUGUUUAGGAAAUUUAUGGCUGUUUUCCCUGAUAAAUAUGAUUACGACAAAUCCCGUUUACCAGGGCCAUUAACUGAAGAGUUACAAGAAGAAUUAAAAGAAAGAAAAAAAGCAAAACAAAAACGAGCCAAAGAAAGAAAAGUGAUCGAAGAAUUAAAAAAAGAAGAAGAAAUUCAAAAGCAAAAAUUUCUUCAAUUAUCAGAUCGAGAGAAAUGUGCGAUAGCAGCAGAAAAACGUUUUAUGGCAGUUCAAGGGGCAUUUAAAUCAUUGCGAUGCUUCUAUUGUGGCAAAAAUAUUGAAGAAAAAUAUCCAUUUGAAUACAUGGAUUAUAAAUUUUGCAGUGUGCAAUGUGUCAAAAAUCAUAGACAAAAAAAUAUUGUAAAUUAAAAUUGUGGUUUAAUAAAAUUUAUAUUUUAAUAAAUAAA